AUGACUUUCUUCUCUCAAACAGUUGCACAGAGAACAUCAUCCGGCCAAAGACAGAGUGUGGAAGAAGGAAACUACGUUGGUCACGUUUACACCAGAUCUGAAGGAAUCAGUGGAGUUUUGAUCACGGACAAGCAAUAUCCUGUGAGACCCGCCUAUACAUUGCUGAAUAAGGUUUUAGAGGAGUACAUAUCUUUACAUCCACCAUCCCAGUGGAACACAGCCACACAAUCUGGUCCUUCCCUGCAAUUCGAUGAGCUGGAGAACUACAUCAAGAAGUACCAAGACCCAGCUCAGGCAGACUCUAUCAUGAAAGUCCAACAAGAACUGGAUGAAACCAAAAUUGUGCUGCAAAAGAGUAUUGAGGGUGUUCUAGAGAGGGGCGAGAGAUUAGACACCUUGGUCGAGAAGUCCGAGGUGCUGAGCGCAAGUUCAAGAACCUUCUACAAGCAAGCAAAAAAGACAAAUUCUUGCUGUAUCAUAAUGUAA